AGGAAGCCGACCCUGGGAGACAGAGAGAGACACACACCAGCUUCCUGAACUUGUCCUGUACCGCAGCACUAAGCCAGCCUCCCCCCCGCAAGGGAUCUUCGCUGCCGGCGGCUGCUGCCGGCUGCUGCUGCCGCCCCGGCGGUGUGUUGGGCGUUCGGCGGGGAUGUGGCCAGGCAGCUCCGGGGGUCUGAGCCAGCGGUCCGGCUCCUGCUCGGGAUUUUUGAUGUAGGAAGACAGAUAAGGGACAAAAGGGAGACCAGUGGAAAAGCACUUGUGUCCUGCUAGGUGGACUAUGGUGGCAGGAAGAUGUUGGCCAGGAAAAGUAUCAUCCCUGAAGAAUAUGUGCUGGCACGGAUUGCUGCUGAGAACCUUCGCAAGCCACGCAUCCGGGACCAGCCUCGCAAAGCUCGUUUCAUUGCCAAGAGCGGGGCAUGCAAUUUGGCUCACAAGAACAUCCGCGAGCAGGGCCGCUUCUUGCAAGACAUCUUCACCACCCUGGUGGACCUGAAGUGGCGCCACACGCUGGUGAUCUUUACCAUGUCCUUCCUGUGCAGCUGGUUGCUCUUUGCCAUGAUAUGGUGGCUGGUGGCUUUUGCCCAUGGAGACAUGUAUGCUAGCACCGAGAACUGUACAAGCAGUACUAAGUGGACACCAUGCGUGACGUGUGUCAGGUCUUUCACUUCUGCUUUCCUCUUUUCCAUUGAAGUUCAAGUGACCAUUGGUUUUGGGGGCAGAAUGAUGACAGAGGAAUGUCCCAUGGCCAUCACUGUCCUGAUUCUGCAGAACAUUGUAGGUUUGAUUAUCAAUGCCGUCAUGCUGGGCUGCAUAUUUAUGAAAACUGCCCAGGCUCACAGAAGGGCAGAGACCUUGAUUUUCAGCCGGCAUGCGGUGAUUGCCGUUCGGAAUGGCAGACUUUGCUUCAUGUUCAGAGUGGGAGACCUGAGGAAAAGCAUGAUCAUCAGUGCCUCGGUGAGAAUACAGGUAGUGAAGAAAACGACUACGCCUGAAGGGGAGAUCAUCCCUAUACAUCAGCAAGACAUCCCGGUGGAUAACCCUAUUGAAAGCAAUAACAUUUUCCUGGUGGCUCCUUUGAUCAUUUGCCAUGUCAUAGACAAGCGGAGUCCUCUCUAUGAUAUCUCUGCUAGUGACCUUGUCAACCAAGAUUUAGAACUUAUAGUGGUACUUGAAGGAGUAGUAGAAACCACUGGCAUCACCACACAAGCAAGAACAUCUUACAUAGCAGAGGAGAUCCUGUGGGGCCACCGCUUUGUGCCCAUCGUAACAGAAGAGGAAGGCGUGUACGCGGUUGAUUAUUCCAAGUUUGGCAACACAAUCAAGGUAGCAGCUCCGCGGUGCAGCGCUAGGGAGCUGGAUGAAAAGCCUUCCAUUCUCAUCCAGACUCUUCAGAAGAGUGAGCUGUCUCAUCAAAACUCUCUGCGGAAACGCAAUUCCAUGAGGCGGAACAAUUCCAUGAGGCGGAACAACUCCAUGAGGAGGAACAACUCUUCUCUCAUUGUGCCCAAAGUACAGUUUAUAACGCCCGAGGGGAAUCAGAGUGUGUGUGAAACAUGAUAUACAACCUCACAUGAGGCAGAGUCUCUGAUAAAGGUUGAGAGGCCAAAAAUGUUUUUAAAGAAACAGAUGCAAUAUAGAACUGUACUGGAGCUAUUUAUUCUUUUACUUAAUGAAAGCAUCACAUAACAGCAGUAGGAAACACUAUAGCACUAGGCAUAUUAAUUAAUGAAUAAUGACACUCAGAGUAAAUGAAGCAUGAUUCACUCAUGUAAUGUAUUUUGUAUUAAUAUGUGUUUUAGUGGCAUGUUAGAUUUCCUUGAUAGGAAAAAAAUCUAUCUGAUGCUUUUCUACAGACUGUCAUAAAAUGUGUUUUACUUUUUACUUCUGGAUUACGCACUGUCAGACAGUGGGCUGAUUUUCAAUAGCACUGUGCAUCUAGUAGCUUCCAAUUAUUUAUGUGGGAUGUAUGGAUUUAAGGUUAAUAGAUUCAUUGAUUCCAAAGGCCAGAAAGGACUUCUCUGAUCAUAUAGUCUGUCCUCCUAUAUAUCAUAGACCAUAGAACUUCUCCAAAAUAUUUCUUAGUGCACAUCAGAUCUUGAUUUUAAAAUUGCCACUCCUGGAGGAUCUACCAUGACCUUUGGUAAAUUGUCCCAAUGAUUAAUUACCCUGACUGUUAAAAAAAUAUGCCUUAUUUCCCAUCUGAAUUUGUCUAGCUUCAGCUUCCAGCCACUGGAUCUUGUUAUACCUUUGUCUGCUAGACUGAAGAGCCCAUUAUCAUAUAUUUGUUCCCCUUGUAAGUAAUUAUAAACUUUAAUCAAAUCACCCCUUAACCUUCUCCUUGAUAAGCUAAAUAGAUUGAGCUCCUUGAGUCUAUCACCAUGAGACAUGUUUUCUAAUCCUUUAAUCAUUCUUGUGGCUCUUCU